CCGCGUGCAUUCAACAAAAUGGCGGCGAAUGAUUUCUAUCUACGUUAUUAUGUUGGACAUAAAGGCAAAUUUGGGCACGAAUUUCUCGAGUUUGAGUUUCGUCCAGAUGGUAAACUUCGGUAUGCCAACAACUCGAAUUACAAGAAUGACACUAUGAUUAGAAAAGAGGUUUAUUGCCAUAAAGCGGUGACAGAGGAACUUAAAAGAAUUAUCGAUGACAGUGAGGUUUUGAAAGAAGAUGAUGCAAUGUGGCCACAACCAGAUAGAGUUGGACGACAAGAAUUAGAAAUAGUGUAUGGAGACCAACAUAUAUGCUUCACAACAUCCAAGAUUGGUUCUCUUGUAGAUAUCAACCAAUGCAAGGAUCCUGAAGGUUUACGUUGCUUUUAUUACCUUGUGCAAGAUCUAAAAUGUAUGGUGUUCUCUCUUAUUGGACUCCACUUCAAGAUUAAACCCAUUUAAAUCAUUUAAACUAACCACUGGCAACUGGCUGUUUUUGUUUUUGUAUAAAAAUCUUCCUGUUGGUAGUAUUAAAAACUUUCCUUUCACAAGAUAAUCCUCCUUUUCAUCUCGAUGUUUGUAACUCAAUAGGAAGAUUUAUUCUUUGUUUAUCACUGUAUAGCCAAGAUGUUAAACAGACAUUACGACUUUGAGCUUCACUGAGAACUUUUUAGACUUCUCCCACAAAAAUGAAGUGACUUUACAUCUAUAUUUGUAGUUCAUUUGUGUUUAAUCUCAAAAGCUGUUCAGUGAGUUUUGUUUGAUGGUAGCAAUGAAGCAUCAAUUGGAAUUUAGUAUUAAACCAUGUAUACUCAAGCAAAGCUACCCUCAACACAUUGUGUACAGUGUAUUUUAAAAUAAAAAUGUGAAAACAUCAA